UUUUGUCGCUUCAGUGUAAACAAAAUGCUAAUGGAACAUUUAAUUCAAUGAUUUUUCGCCGGAAAUCUAGACUUUUUAAUUACAUCAUCCAGUUAAAAUGGCCCUUUCAUUCAGAUUAUGUUUUAUUUUUUUCAUUUUAUGGACCGAAUUGGAGUCUGGGAUGUAACACGUUUCAUUUCCAUUGGUGCUGUGAACGCAUCGUAAAUAGUAAUGGGUCGUUGACAUUGAGGAACUGCUGAAGAUCCAACACAAUGCGAAUGAGUACUAAAAUAGGGUGGAACAGUCGAUACAAAGAAAAAAAAACACCGCAAUAGAUUAAAUGAAAAAAAUGUAUAACGAUUCAUUUUCAUCACUGUUAUUUUACUGUAAAUUUUUCUCCUUGAAUUAUCAAUUAUUAUUUUUUUCAAAUAUAAUUUCAUGCACGAUUUGUGUACUAAAUAUGAAGAGUGCAUGCCGACAGCAGCGCACCACACUUUUAAAUGUCACUUUUUGUUUGAAUUUUAUUCGUUUACCAUAAAACCUCAUCGUACCUUAUUUUUUUGUUUAUUGUUGCACUUAAUUUAAUUUAUUUAUUGACACGUUGUUGACGGUAUGAUUUAUGACGAUCAAUCAUGGGCAUCAAGGAGCUUUGGCCAUUUUUGAAUCCAUAUUGCGUGCGAAAGCCACUGUACGAAUUACAAGGAAAAAUGGUUGCCAUUGAUUUGGCUGGAUGGAUUUGUGAGAGUCUUUGUGUGGUUGACUAUGAGGUUUCAGCCCGAUUUUAUCUACGAAAUCUAUUCUUUCGAACAUGCUACCUACUUCUGUCAGGAAUAACGCCGGUUUUUGUGCUCGAGGGAACUGCACCCGUUCUCAAACAUCAAACGAUCUCAAAACGUAAUCAAAUUCAGUUUCGUGGUGCCAAACCGCGUAAAGAACCACCACCAGCCACUCAGGCUCCACGGUCACAACCGGCAUCGACGCAAGUGAAUACGCAAAAGGCGAGCAAAGGUCGCACACGAUUCAAUUAUGUAUUGAAACAAUGCGAAGAAUUGAUUCGAAGUAUGGGUUUGCAAUGUGUGCAAGGACCUGGCGAAGCCGAGGCCUUUUGUGCACAUUUGAAUGCCGCUGGACUUGUUGACGGCGUCAUUAGCCAAGAUUCGGACUGUUUCGCUUACGGAGCUCGUCGUGUAUUUCGCAAUUUUUCGUUGUCCAUGCAAGGGACGGCUGGUAGUAUCGGUGGAUCGAUUGAUAUUUAUGACCUGGAUUUCAUACAAAAAUCGGUGGAUUUUGGCCGAAAUAAAAUUAUUGUAAUGGCAUUGCUUUGUGGCUGCGAUUAUUGUCCAGAGGGAGUGGGAGGCGUUGGACGCGAUGCCGUUCACAAACUCUUUGGUAUUUAUUCGGAUGAGGAUAUUUUGGAAAGGAUUCGAAUGUGGCGAAAAAAUGACAAUAAAUUCACUGAACUUGAAAUGAAGGUCGAUGAUAAAAGUUUAUGCGUGAAUUGUGGUCACUACGGCCGAGUUCAGAGCCACACAAAAGGCGGAUGUGCACAAUGCAGAAUGACCACUGGGUGUGAUUCGAGCAUUUGGAAGGAAAAGCGAUUGGCACUAAAAUCAGAGCUACAAAUACGAAAGAAAGCGAUGCAGAGCGAUGAUUUUCCAUCGGAGGAAAUAAUUGAUGAAUUUAUGCAAGUUCCUAUUGAUAUGUCACCAUUGCAAUUGGACUGGGGCCAACCGAAUGUCGUUAAGUUUGUGAAAAUGAUGGGCAAACUGAUUCAAUGGGACGAAAUCUAUUGUUUUCAAAAAUUCUUGCCGCUUUUGACUCGAUGGCAAUUGCAUCAUGCUGACGAUGAUACAAGUAAUGUGAUAUUACGUGGCUGUGUCCAGCCCGAUUUCAUAAAGAAAAAACGAACACCGAAGGGUGUGCCCAGCUAUGAAAUUAUCUGGAAAGAUGAACAAGAAUGCUUCCAUGCGCUGAUCCCAGAUGAACAAUUGCGAAUGUUCUACUCGACAAAUAAAGAGAAGACUGAAACUGAGGCAUUUCAGCUGCUGUGGAGCACAAUUGAACCGAUCGAUUUGGUGGAAAAAGCAUACCCAGAAUUGGUAAAUGCAUUUGAAGAGUCAAAAUCAAAGGGUAAAUCGAAAAAGACUAAGAAAUCGCCAGAAACAGCCAUACUUACUAAAGGUCGAAAAGUGAAAAAUGUCGUGGCUUUGGAAAAGCAAGUGAUUUCGGAAAAAGCACCGAAAAAAGUCAUAUCACGUACAGCCGGUGCUAAAAGUAAGAAGAAGAACGAUGAAAAUGCACGACCAAUUGACGUGUUUUUCCGAAAAAAGCCAGCCACUGGCAUGGCCACAGUGUAUUCAUCGCCAAAGAUAAAAACCACCACCAAACCAAUGAAUCUUUCGGCUUUCAACGAUUCACUUACAUCACUUGAACAAGACGAUAUGAAUAUAUCGGCUAUCGUGAGUGAAAUGGUGUCUCGACCACCGAACGUAACUGAGUUUAAUGGGAAGAAGUUGAAAUUUGAUGCAAUCAAACUCCGAGUGAAUGAUGAUCUGAUGAAAGACAUGAGUGGCAUGAAGGAGAACUAUAAAAAAUCGAAGAAAGUACAAAAAAAUGCCGUUGUCGAGACUAAGGCUGCCAUUGGCGAUGAAAAUAAUGAAAGUAUCGAUGAGUUCGAUUUGAUUGUAAUGCAAAAGAUGCGGAAAUCCCUGGGCAGAAGACAAAAAUCAAUAUUGGCAUCCAGUUCAAAUGAUGCUACUAAACUAGCCAAUUGCUCAACGCCAGUAUCAAGAAGUCAUAAUUGGCGGGUGAAUGAAUCGCUAAAGCAAAGCCCAGACCUAUCGUUCGUGUUAGAAACAUCAAUAAAUCGAAAGAAUGCUGUGAUUUCAAGCUCAUUUUUCGCGGUAAAUCCAGAGGAUGAGGUCGAUCUAUUUGAAAAGUCCAUUGAUUUUCGAAAUAUGCAAGAUGCUGGCAAUGAAGAAGAGUCGGACUCACCGCAUAAUUCAGAUUCAUUACACGAUGAUGACUCACCAUCAGGCACAACCGCUAGAACAAAUCAAUUAAAUGAAGAUGAUGUUGAUGUUGAUGAGAAUGACACAUUUGAUCGUUUAGUUGGAAUAGUUUAGAAAAACAAUCUUGGAUUUUAUUUAUUGUACUUAGUAGAACAUUUUAAAUAUAUAUAACAUUCGAACUUAGCAAA